GCCCGCAGCGGCCCUGAACCGGAGCCCACACGCUGCCUAGGGACGGAGGCGCAGGAAGCGCGCGCCGACCGUGACCGAAGGAAGGAGCGGGAAGGAGAGCGCCGCUGCCGCCGCCGGGCCCUGCGCUCCCCGGAGCGCCGCGCGGCCCUGCCCGAGGGCUCUGGGUGUCCGCGGGGCGGCGCCGCGGAACAUGACGGCGCCCUGGGCGGCCCUCGCGCUCCUCUGGGGAUCGCUGUGCGCGGGUUCUGGGCGUGGGGAGGCUGAGACGCGGGAGUGCAUCUACUACAACGCCAACUGGGAGCUGGAACAUACCAACCAGAGUGGCCUGGAACGCUGUGAGGGUGAGCAGGACAAGCGGCUGCACUGCUACGCCUCCUGGCGCAACAGCUCAGGCACCAUCGAGCUCGUCAAGAAGGGUUGCUGGCUGGAUGACUUCAACUGCUAUGACAGGCAGGAGUGUGUGGCCACCGAGGAGAACCCCCAGGUGUAUUUCUGCUGCUGUGAAGGCAACUUCUGCAACGAGCGCUUCACCCACCUGCCGGAAGCAGGGGGCCCAGAAGUCACGUACGAGCCACCCCCGACAGCCCCCACCCUGCUCACGGUGCUGGCCUACUCGCUGCUGCCCAUUGGGGGCCUCUCCCUCAUUGUCCUGCUGGCCUUCUGGAUGUAUCGGCAUCGCAAGCCCCCCUAUGGCCAUGUGAACAUCCAUGAGGACCCCGGGCCUCCACCUCCAUCCCCUCUAGUGGGCCUGAAGCCACUGCAGCUACUGGAGAUCAAGGCUCGGGGGCGUUUUGGCUGUGUCUGGAAGGCCCAGCUCAUGAAUGACUUUGUGGCUGUCAAGAUCUUUCCACUCCAGGACAAGCAGUCAUGGCAGAGUGAACGAGAGAUCUUCAGCACACCUGGCAUGAAGCACGAGAACUUGCUGCAGUUCAUUGCUGCCGAGAAGAGAGGCUCCAGCCUCGAGGUGGAGCUGUGGCUCAUCACAGCCUUCCAUGACAAGGGCUCCCUCACGGAUUACCUCAAGGGGAACAUCAUCACAUGGAAUGAACUGUGUCAUGUGGCAGAGACGAUGUCACGAGGUCUGUCGUACCUGCAUGAGGAUGUGCCCUGGUGCCAUGGCGAGGGCCAUAAGCCAUCCAUUGCCCACAGGGACUUUAAGAGCAAGAAUGUAUUGCUGAAGAGUGACCUCACGGCCGUGCUGGCUGACUUCGGCCUGGCUGUUCGGUUUGAGCCAGGGAAACCGCCAGGGGAUACCCAUGGCCAGGUAGGUACCAGACGGUACAUGGCCCCCGAGGUGCUUGAGGGAGCCAUCAACUUCCAACGAGAUGCCUUCCUGCGCAUUGACAUGUAUGCUAUGGGUCUGGUGCUGUGGGAGCUUGUAUCUCGCUGCAAGGCUGCAGAUGGACCUGUGGACGAGUAUAUGCUUCCCUUUGAGGAGGAGAUUGGCCAGCACCCUUCUCUGGAGGAGCUGCAAGAGGUGGUCGUACACAAGAAGAUGAGGCCUACCAUUAAGGAUCACUGGCUGAAGCACCCGGGCCUGGCCCAACUCUGUGUGACCAUUGAGGAGUGCUGGGACCAUGAUGCAGAGGCUCGGCUCUCUGCGGGCUGCGUGGAGGAGCGGGUGUCCCUCAUCCGGAGGUCGGUCAACGGCACUACCUCGGACUGUCUUGUCUCCCUGGUGACCUCUGUCACCAAUGUGGACCUGCCCCCUAAAGAGUCCAGCAUAUAAGCCCCCAGGAUGUGUGUCUCCAGACUCAGUGGAUCUGAAGGAAAAAAGGAAAAAAAAAGUUGUGUUUUGUUUUGGAAAUCUUAUAAAACAACAAACACAUAAAAUGCAGCUGCUAUUUUACCUUGACUUUUUAUUAUUAUUAUAAUUAUUAUAAUUAUUAUUAUUAAUAUUAUUUUUGGAUUGGAUCAGUUUUUACCAGCAUACUGCUCUACUGUAUCUCGAACAGCGGACACGUCAGCAGGCGUUGAGGUGCUGAGCUGUGAAUACAGAACCAGCGCCAUGCUGAAGAGCCUCAGCCACCUCCUGUCCUUUGGGAUUCAUUUUUCCCACUUUCUCUUUGUUUGUCGUCUCAGAAUCUGUGACACAAAGAAACCCAUCUCCUGUUUUAGGAAACUUAAUGCUGCAAACUCUACUAGAGGAACCUUUGAAGACUGUUACAUAAAAACAUACUUUCCUCAGAAGAGGAUUUCCUCCUCUCCGCCCUUACCCUGCCUCCCCACCUUUUAUUUUGUUUCUCCCUUAUUAGGCAGUGAGCUAAAGAAGCAGCAGAUGUGUCUUUCACGGAUCUAACGGGUGUUGUCCUGACCGAGGAAAAGCUGAGAUGAGGACGAGGAUGGUUUGGACUGGAGUUGGAAGGGAGGAGUGCUGGGGUAGGGGUUGGAACAGAGCUACACUGGACUCAGGCACAUGCAGAGCAACAUCCUUUGCUAUGGAGGCCACUUCUCAGGUAAUCAGGAAUUGAGGACAAGGACCUUGUGGGGCCGAGCGUUAAUGUCAAGCAUGGGGUUUGGAGAAAGUCUGAGAACAGGAGCAGCUCAGGGUCCUGACCGGUUUUUUUUUUUUUUUUUCAUUAACUUGGGCUUGGCCAGCCAUAGGAUGAAACAUUAUUACUAUUCAAAUUUUAAAAUGAGGCAAGGGCAGAAAUCAUCAUAGUCUAGUGAACAUUCUUCAUUAGAUGCAAUUCUAUAAAUAUCUAAUGGAGGAAAUACUGAAACACCUUUCCUCCUGGAGCAGUUCGCAAAAUGCCCAUGGGGUGCCCUGCACAGCUGGGGCUAGAGGGUCCCUGAGCAGUCCCUCCAGGACCUAUGUCUCCGGGGACCCUUUAAGUCCUAUAGCUCUGGCUCCCCUCACCGGUGAUUUUACUGACCCCUUUCUGUGGCUCGUUGGACACGGCUUUCUCCAGACUCCUUAAAGUGGUGCAUAAUCUAAAAAACUUUUUCUAUUAUGUCAUAACCUUGCUCUAGUCAGUAAAUGUUCCUGAUGCUGCUGUUUUGACAUUUGAAUUUUUUGAUUUAUGGAACAUACUAAAUUUGUUUUCAGACGAAAGGUACACAUCUACAUAUAUACACAUGCUUUGCUAUGUGGCUUCCGAGGUUUAAAUUUUAAGAAAUAAAAGAAUUAAAACUUCACGACCACAGACCACCUCAAACCAGAAAUACCUCAGAAUUUUCUACUUGUAUAAGUUUUAUUAUGUAUUUUGUUAGUUGUGUUGUCUUGUAGUAAGUAUAUUUUAAUGUAAAUUGGCUUUUAUGACAAGGAAGUUUUAAAAAAAUAGAGAAAAAGAAAAAAUGUUUGUGUCUUUUAGGGAGUACUACCAUUUUUGUUUGAUAAAGCCCCUUUGUAAAUAAGUAUCAUUGACUGUAAGUAGGUUGGCUGUCUGGGCUGAGUCUGGGCAUUCAUCAUUCUUGUUGGGAAGGAGUUUCCUUCCAGUUUCUGUAGACUGUUUUAUUUAAAACAUCACAUCUCUUGAAUCUUUAGGGUAGAUGAGUUGGUGGGUGAUGGGAGAGCUUGACCUGGGUGAACUGAGAAGGCCUUCUCCUGGGCUGAACUGGGGGCUCAGAUAUUCCCCAUGACUUGAUGGGUCAGUGUUCAGAAGACAACCUCACUUGAGCUUGGUAGAAGCUAGCCUACAUUGGCUAAUUUUACUUGAGAUUUAAUUCCUUCAGUGGAUUAGUGGCAGGGUCAUCAAGGAGAUGGGCAGGGCCUCCCUGUGCCCUGUGCCUGGAGGGCGGGUCUCGACUAGCACAUCUGGGUGGAGGGUCUUGCCCUUUGCCAGUCCGGAAGUCCACGGGGGUUCAUGGGUCAGUGAAGUGAGGGCACUAUGAAUGUGGAGGUGUCCGCUCCUGCUCAGUGUGCUAUGUGCAGUGUCUCGGUCUGCUGUGGGGGUGGCCAUUGCUCUGGGGGUUGGGGCAUGGGGUGCUGGGGGAGGCCAGUUUGCUCCCCUCAGGGCUUGGUAUUUGCUUCAUGGGUCAAAAUGUGGUCUGGCCAGAUGGUUAUAGGGACAGGUAUUUUGUUUUUGUAAGCUAUGUUGUCUUUUCCCUCAGAAUAAUUCUAAACCACAAAACAGGCCUUACAGCAGUUGCUUUUCUUUUCCACUUAUUUCUUUAAGAAGCUUUAAAGUAUUUAUUGAAAAGUGCCAUAUCUACUUUCUUUAGCUUUCUUCUCAGGCAGUGGGGACGUCUCUACUUUUCAUCCUCAGAAGAAACAAAUAAAAUUAAGUAAUUCACUGCAGGAAUAAUCAGAUCACCAAUCUUACUUAGUGCCAAACACUAAACCCCAGCUUUCUGUUUGGUUUUAGAUUUCCUCUUGGUGGUUUUUCUUAUCUGUGCUGGUUGGAUUCAUAGAAGUGUUGGCCUGGCUGAGGGAGUAUUGAGCUGUGGCCGUGGCAUGGUACCCUUCCAGUCAGGAUGCAGUGCAGCAGACAGCCUGAUGCCUUUUAGUCUGAGUGGCUUCCCUCUUUGCUGGCCCUGUGCCUAGACACUGACGUGUCCCUCUGGGGCCUCACCAUCAGAAUGCAGUACCAGGAGUUGGUGCCUGUUUGGUGUGGCUGGAUAAAGGGAGAGACUGGGGUUCUGUGGCAGUUCCUGGGACUUCAGUCUGUCUCUUCCCCCUCAUGCUGUAAAGUGUGCCCAUCACAUGUGUAUCUGGUUGCUAAUGGCUAGAAGGUGGGUGAUUUCCUUCUAGGGGGUGGCUCUGGGAACUCCCUUUACCCAAAGUGUGUUUGUUUGCUGUCCUGUGCUAUCUGAGGGGAGCCCUAGUUUGCAUGGAUGAUGAUGGCAGUUAGGUCACAGGGCCUCGGCUUGUGCCCUUCUCCACACAUUUCACAUAGUAUCCAUUUUUGGAGGUUCAGAGAACUGUUACUUUUUAUUGCCUCAAGUUCUGUGAAGAUAAGUGGGAGUGGGGCCUGUCAUCACUUUCCCUGUCUGUGAGAGGAGUUGUCCCAUCCAGGGUGAGAGAGAGAUGUAGCCAAGGAUCCUCGCUUCUUCCUUUUGAGUGUGCUGUUGUCUAAGUAGGCUCCUCCUUGGCAAAGACUGUUCUAGUUGAAAGCAUCUGUGGUAACAGUGCGAAGUCAUGCCUAGCUAGAGAAAUCCAGGGAUGAGCCAGAGAAAGAGAACACAGGUAAAAACGUGUCAUUGUGUCACAGGAUCCUGCAGAUGGCCCCGAGUGACGGGUGGGCAGGGACGCCCAUGGAUGUAAUCAUCAGAGCACCCUGCCACCAUGAUAGGAGCUGGUGUUUUUCCUAAGAUCAUUGGUCCCUAGGAUGAGGAGGCAAGGGGUGCAGAUGGGGUGUUCAGGGGAGAACGAUGCCUGGCUACAAGGGAAAGUGGUGCCAGCUGGUUUUGACUCUGAAUUCAUUCUAUCUGCACUUAGGGGCAUUAGUGCAGAAAGAGAAGGACAUCAUCUAGCCCUGAACAUCUGUAGAAGGUGAGGGCCUCAUCCUCACAUACACUCAGCAAAAGGAAGGUUCUCAUCUCCAGGCCACAAAGGUUGUCCUCGGGGGUUCGGCCAACCCUUGACCUGGCUUGAUGUUUUAGGAAGCUCAGUAUGUAUGUGAUCCCGAGUUCUUUUGUUGUUGUUUUUGUACUGGGGAUCGAACUCAGGACCUUGCACUUGCGAAGCGGGCACAGUGCCACUGAGCUAAAUCCCCGGCCAUGUUCUUAUCCUCUCUUCUAAUACUGUGUCCUGGGCUUGGGCUGUGUCUGUGGGUUUUCCCUCAGCAAGCCCAGCUAUGUAUCCAGUGUCUGUGUGCUCUGGCUGAGAAGGCCUGUCAUGUGGCCCCUGCUUGAGCCAUGAAGGCAAGGGAAGUGACUAUCCCCUCCAGAGUGGGAAGACUAGAUGGCUGUCUUGCAACAGAAUUUUGCCUUUUUAAAGCAUGUAGUGUUAAAUUCCUAAGCACCUAUUGGUAAUACAAGGAUUUGCUAUUUGGUUUUUCCUCCCCUAAAUAAUUAGGAAGCAAAAGUAUGUAAGUUUUUAGCAUCUGUACUAGAGGUUGAAAAAACAAUAAUCUAAAGAAUUUGGCUAGCUAACAAAAUAUGUACAUUGGAAAGCAGUUUCUAGUUCAUUCAGUUUGAUUUUGAGUCUCAGUUAUCUGAGCCUGUUGGAUUUUGAUGGCACAUCUUUGGAGGGAUAGCCAGGCCUGGCUUACAUCUGGGGCAGUAGAACACACCUUUCCAAGCAGUACAGCACGUCUACUCUCCUCUGGUCCUCCUGAGGAAGCAGUCAGAAAGGGAGGGGCAAGGUAGCCUUUUUCCUUCUCAGUUUGCUAAGGUGAAUUUUCCUUGAUCAGUGGCUGUGUGAAAAACAAAACUAAUAAAAUAUUCAGCAGCUAACAUGUUCAGCCUAGGGAUGGAGAGUUUUAAGUCUUGAUCAACAUUGUCUUUUAGAUAAAAGGCUUGAUACUUUAGUGGAUGAACUGUAUGUCUUCUUGGUCUAGAUUUUAAACAUUUAAUGCAUUCAGGGUUAUGCACAUGGUUCUUUAGGUAAGAUUCACAUAGUUGAUUUGUAACCAGCAGUCUACCUGUGAAUGUAUCCCAGACCUUUAGAAGGCUUGGAAAAGCUUUUUGAGAUAGUAAUUUAGUUUUGUAGAAAAAAAAAUUAAAGUUUAAACACUCCUUUGAAAAUUAAUUAAGUUAACUCAACCACGUUUUAAAAAAUAAUUUGUGGAUUCAAAAGGCCCAUCAAGCCAGGCAUGGUAGUGCACACCUGUCAUCUCAGUACUCAGGAGGAUGAGGCAGGAGGCUCACUGUGAGUAUGAGGCCAGCUUGGGCUACACAGUUCAAGGCUAGCCUGAACUACGCAGUGAGACCCUAUCUCCAAAAAAAAAAAAAAAAAGCCCAUCAAAUAUGUAGAUGUCCAAAUUAUUUAGAGAGAUAUUUUCAAUGUUCCCAUUUUACAUCCUCUUGGGGAUCACUAUAAACUUUGGUUUGGAUGAGAAUACACACACAGCAAGUACCGGGGAUUAAACCCAGGACCUUCAUACUGAGCUUCAACCCCAGCUCUUUUUUAGUUUUAAUUUUGUAUUUUAAGGCAGGGUUUCACUAAGUGGCUAAAUUGUCCACGCUGGGCUCAAACUUGGGAUCUUCCGGUCUCAGCCUUUCAGAGUGCUGGGAUUACAGGGAUGUACCACCACACCCAACUUUGGAUGAAAAUUUGAAUUUAAAGAAUCUAUCACUAUUUAAGUUUGUACCAGUUCACAUUUUCACAACUGUAUCUGCCAGGUAUGAAUGAAUGUGGUAUUUCCUCUAUCCCUGUAGUGCCAAAAUUGGUGAUGCCUCAUUUGCUCCUAUGGCAGCUUGUAGACAUAACAAGUGGUUUUUGCUGAAGAAUUAACAUGCAUAUUCUUUAAAUAGCUGUGUGUGAUGAUAGGCUCUAUACUGACCUUUUCCCCUCCAGGACAGUGUCGUAUUGUCUAGGUCAGUGAUGGCAAACCUUUCAGAGCUUUCAGUGAUAACAAACAGCCAGUUGUGUCAUGGCGUGCCAUAGGUUUGCACUCACUGGUCUAUGGCUUAGGCAAUUCUAAGAACUAUUGUAAACCAGCCACAGGGCACUAAAGAAAUAUACAUAAGGCCAUAUGGGUGUAUGCAGUGUGUAUUGGAUGCCUGCAGAAAAGUGUUACAUUCAUUUGUAAAGUUUUAAGCUUUUGAACUCAACAGCUAUGAAAAAUGUGAUCCAUUAGUUUUUCAGGCCCAUGAGGAUGGGUUUUUGUGAAUGAGUGAAUUCUGUCUUGAGUCUUGGAAACUUGCACUGUUGGUUGGCUAUGGACCUAUUCCCUGACUUUCUUAGUCAUGUUUGCAUCGAUGUUGUUAGAUAGCUUUGUAAAUAAAAGAAUAGGUUAUAUAAUAGAGACAGACACUUGAAAUUUUACUUUUAAAAAGUCUAUAGCUCUACAUAUAUAUAUAUAUAUAUAUAUAUAUAUAUAUAUAUAUAUUUAGUUAUAUCACCUGACAGAUUUCUUCUACACAGUGUGGAGAUUGUUUUAUACCACAGAUUAUUUUUAUAAAGUCUAGUGAGUUUGAAUAAGAGUGGUUUUGUAAUCAGAGCUAAUGAGCUUUACCUUUCAGGAUAACUAUACACUGGAGUCUGAGUGAUGUGGAACUGUUAGUGCUGGCAUAGAUUCUUAUAUACACUGGCAGCCUGCGGUCAGUUUAUAGGUCUCCUUUGGCCAAAACUUCACUUGGGGUAGUGUAGGACAGCCAUGCUUCAAUUUGGCUCCUUGCAGAUUGGGAGAAAAGGGCUGGGAGAGGGUCUGUGGUGUGUUUGACAUUUGUACUUCCUCCUGGGAUUUCCUUUUGAACGGAGUUCUGAGGUUAACAAUUCAUUUGUAAACACCUAUCACAGAAUAUAAUUGCAUGAGGAGCUUUGAGGGGAACAAACUGUAUGGGGUACAGAUUGGGGUAGGAUAGGACUAGAAUAGGUUAUAAAGCCUUUGAAAUGAGGAUUUGGUGUUUUGUGCACCAAACAGAAUUAUCUAGGACCAGAUUUUCCAGUUGAGUAAUUCUUCAGAAACAGGGGUGGGCCCCUGUGUACGCAGUAAUCAAUUACAUGGAGACCGCCAGGCACGUGUGACUCCUGUGGUCAGGGCUGUUUUGGAGAUGAGAGUGGUAGGGCUGGCUCGCUGCUUUAUUCAGUGUGAUCAGCCAGGAGCCCAGUACAGAAGAUGCCCUUCAUGUGUCCUCAGAGGGGCCUACAGAGGUCAGCGUCACUGCUAUUGUGGGGAAAGUGGUCUUUACUUUAGCCUUUUUAUUUCCAGGUAGACAGGUAGAUGGUUAUUAUUUUGGGGGAACUCUUGACAGGGCAAAGGGGAAAUAAGCUAAAUUAUAGUACUACCUGAGUCUCAGGUGAAGGCCUGUCUCCCAUGUCCUGCGUGCUGGCUUCAGGCUGUGGCUUCCAGAGGGACACUGGAUGUAGUUUUGUUAAGAGAUUCCUUUGUGUCAUUUUAAACCGGCUGUGCUUUCUCUUCAUUGUGCUUUAGAGUAUACUUUUACACUUCACCCCUUUUAUACUGGGAAUGAACCUAGUUCCGGAUCUAGCACUCCAGGAAUUAGCUCAUCACUAUUUUUCUGUUCCCCAUAAAUGAACAUUUCUCUGCUCUCCAGCCACCUGUCUUGGAAUGUAAUUCUGUUGUGCCUUUGUUUUUGUCACACUCCUCCCCCAAAAGCAACUGCUGUAAGCUUUUGUCCUACUUGUCUCUUCUAGCCCCAGGCCCCUUACCUUCUUCCUUUUUCCUAGCUCUAAUUUCUGGAUACACUUCUGUGAUCCAGCUUUUUUAAGAACCAGUUACCUCAGACCUCAUGUUGAACAGUGUCACCAUCCAGGUCCUCUUGAUACUGCAGACUUUUACCAUAUACAUGCAAGAACCCUGCCCAUGGAGGCACUUGUGUCAAAGCAGAACUCUUCCAAGGACUGACCCGGGAGCUCUGGCAAGCUUAUCCUAGUGCUGUGGUGGGGUCAUCCUGGAGUAUUGUCUGAGCGGUGCUUCCUGCGCUCCUCUGCGUUCUGCAUUUUCAGUAUUUUCGCUUGUGUCUGAAUAGGCAAAACAACUUGACUGGCUGGUCUUACGUGCAAAUUAGUUCCAAAGAUGAGCUCUUUAUUAACACGUUUCCAGUUGCUAAAGCUCAAAUGUUGAACAUUCCUUUAAAUGGCAGGAUAAAAACUCACCAUCCACCACAGUGCAUUUUGGGAAGAUGUCUGUAGCAUAUAUUGCUGUGAAAUUAGGCCUUGUGAGAUACGGUUGUUUGUCAUUAUGAUGUAUUUUAAAUAAAUAAAUAAAUAAAUAAAUAUAUAUAUAUA